AGUUCUCAAAUAUGUUUGGUAAUCGUGCACAAUGCCAUACGAUUUUUAUUCAAUUCUUCAACCAAAUCAUAUAAAGUAAAAAAAAAUGUGGCAUGCUACAUUUUGAUCUGAUAUUUUUUCUGUCAAAUCCAAAAAUAAUACGCCGGCCUAAGUUGCUUUUGGGAGUAGUGUAUUGAUCACGACUAUUACGUAUUGUAGCACAUAAAACCAAAAUUACCAUGCCAUAUUUGGCAGAUUUUGAUGCAAUAUAUGUGUACGGAACAGAGAUCAUCCAAGAAAUGGAACCAACUGUUCGUCGACUGUUUCAGUGUUUCCUGCGGACGGCGAACACGAUCCCGGCUGAGAAGGAACAACAUCCUGCGAUCCUGCGCAUCAUAAACGGCGGGUUUACCAACUCAAUGCGCAUCCAACUCCAUUUGCGGCCUCGUACCUGCAGCGACGGUCUCGGCUGGGUAACACUAACAUCCGGCGAUCCUGCACAUCACGAACGGCGGGAUUUUAUUUCUAAAAAAACCCAACGCUUGUUCGACAUCAUCCACGACGCAGCAACGCCAGUAAAGAGCAACAGCGACAUCCUGCACAUCAUAAACGGCGGGUUUUCCCUAAAACCCCACGUAUGUCCAGCACCACCAGCGCCGUACCCUCAGCGACGGUAUCGAACAACAUCGGCAUCCUGCGUAUCCUGAAUGGUGGGUUUUUCCCAGACCCAACGGACGUUCAGCAGCAUCGGCGGCGCUCUACCCUCAACGCUAGGUAGAAGGACAUAGGUGAGAGGCAUCACAUAAGGACAUCGGCAGUUACGGAAUGGAGACGAGUGGUGUGCGUGAGAGUAGUGGGAAGGCUGCACGUCGAAGAAUGCGGUAAAAACAUAUAAAAGAGCUAGAGUAAGAAUAAACGCGGUCAGUUCCUAAAAGAGAUUUCCAGUGUCGACUUCGUCAUUUAUCCGAAGAAAUUGGUGACAGCGGUUCUGCCCCGCUAAGUUUUAAUUACGGAACCAAUCCCGUUUUACAAUAUAUAUAUAUAGUUCAAACUGCUGCCAUUUCUAAACCACUCGUCCGAGACCUUGUACAUUUUUUCCAGUGAUAGCUCAUUCUAUUGUUUAUAAGCAUAUAAAAGCAUUUUAGUGGGAAAUUGUCAGAAAAAUAAUAAUUCGUGAUGGAAUUUAAUGAUGUCAAAUUUUAUUGUUUUUAUUUGGUAGCAAAACCACAAGUGGGUUUCGUUACAUAAAUGUGAAUUAAUCUAUUGGAUCUAUUACCAUAAUUGGUUAUUGUGCUAGUGUUAGAGUUGCCAAACAUCCUGAAACCGCAACCGCAAAAACGGCAACAUCGAAAAAAAAUGUUCAAAAAGUUAUGAAGCGAAUUGAAAAAAUUUACGACGCAGCCCACUCAAAAUUAUGUAGAAUUUAAGCUCGAAUCGCCCAACCAAUACUUCAAAAUGAGCUUUAAAUAAAGACCUUUCCAAUUCUAAAGCCGGCGAUACAUGAAGCGUAAACUCUCGUAUAAACUCAGAGUGUAAUGCCAAAAAGAUUAUACUUAUGUCAAAAAGAUUAUAGGCCCGCGGAGCGUAAAUCCGAGCGUAACAGCAAGCGUAAACUCAACACCAACAUGAAGCGUAGCGUUAUGAUGAAUUGAAUAUUCUACAAUCGCUAAUAUACAGUAAAAACAUCUUAAAAUAUAAAAGAAGAUGUUCAGAAAUCAA